AUGGUGGCACGUAUAGUACGCGAAAUCGUGAGCGGUGAGCUCGACGUGUCACCGAUCAUUGAUGACUUCAAACGUGAACAUCAACUGGAUGAAUAUGAUCCUUCUGGAGGGAAGGGUGGCAAGGGCUACCACGGCAAGGGUGGCAAGGGCUCCGACUGGCGUGGUAGCAGUAAAGGUGGUUGGGGAAAUGACAGUGCUCGCUACACUAGUGGUGACUGGUCUGGUGGUAAAGGGGGUUGGGGUAAGGGUGGUGACUAUGGGGGAAAGGGUGGCUUCGGUAAGGGAGGAGAUGAUUCCUCGAACUACUACGGUGGUGGGGGUAAGGGGUAUGCACCUAAUCCCGCGCCCUAUGGUGGCAAGGGCGGUGCUUACCGGAGUGAUCCUUAUGGAACUUCACGUUACGGUGGUAAGGGCUAUGAGUAUGGCAGUAAGGGAGGCUCAUCAGACUCGUAUGGAGGUAGUGCGGGUCGAUUUGAGAGGGCAGCCCCCAGUGGUGGUGACUACUACGGUAAAGGCAGUUAUGGUGGUGGUAAAGGGGGUAGUGCCUCUGGCUAUGCUUACAGUAAAGGCGGCAAGGGAGGAUUCGCUACCAGUAGUGAAGGAGGGUAUGGGGGUAGUUGGGGUGGCAAGGGUAAAGGUAAAGGAGGAGGCUGGUCUACUGGUGGUGGUGGAGGAGGAGGUUGGGACUCUAGUCCUGAGGACUCCCCCAUCCCUCAAAGCGGCGGCGGCGGUCCUUCAUCGUACAGUAGCAGACCGUGGGGUGGCGACCCCUCGCCUUGGGGAGGUAAAGGAAGGAAAGGCGGGUACGGUUACUGA